UGCUGCUGGUCAUUAAAGAAAAAAAAAGACCCCUAACUUAAUUUAAAAAAAGAAAAAAAGGCAAACUGAGGUGCUAGGUUGUAAUUCUGUGCUCAGACGUGCUCAGGGCCCAGGGCGCAGAAAGAAAACCUCGUCUUUGCUCGGUUCAGGGGCUCCUGCGCGCCCGGGGUCCCCGGGGGCUCAGAGCAGCACGGUGGCAAUACCUGACAGAGGCUGGUAAGGCUCCGAGCCUCAGAGCCCAGGGAGGAGGAGCCACGGGCGGGGCCGACUGGAAGCAGCCACCUCAGCGAAGAGACAGGAUUUCCGCGGGGUAAGUGCCGGUGUCGCCCGGAAGAAAGGGCUCCUGCUGCAGAUGUCUCGUGAUUACUUCGGAAGCCUUGCUUCGCCGGUUGAAACUGCAGAGAUAAAGAAAGAUGAGCGAAAUAUGGCUACGGAGGGCCCUGCCGUGCGUCGAGUCCAGGUGGCAGAACAUCCCAGAUUGCUGAAGCUAAAAGGGAUGUUUAAUUCUAAGUUUGGAUCCGUUCCCAAGUUCUAUGUUCGAGCACCAGGAAGAGUCAAUAUCAUAGGAGAGCAUAUAGAUUACUGUGGAUAUUCUGUUCUUCCUAUGGCUGUAGAACAAGAUAUGUUAAUAGCUGUGGAACCUGUGAAAACGCACGUUCUCCAGCUGGCCAAUACCAAUCCCUUGUACCCGGACUUCAGUACUAGUGCUAAUAACAUCCAGAUUGACAAAACCAAGCCUCUGUGGCACAACUAUUUCUUAUGUGGAUUUAAAGGAAUUCAGGAACACUUUGGUCUUAGUGACUUGACUGGAAUGAAUUGCUUGGUCGAUGGAAACAUCCCACCGAGUUCUGGCCUCUCCAGCUCCAGUGCUUUGGUCUGUUGUGCUGGCUUGGUGACACUCACAGUGCUGGGCAUGAACCUAUCCAAGGUGGAACUUGCAGAAAUCUGCGCCAAGAGUGAGCAUUACAUUGGCACUGAAGGAGGAGGGAUGGACCAGUCCAUAUCGUUUCUUGCAGAAGAAGGAACUGCCAAGUUAAUAGAAUUUAGUCCUCUGAGGGCAACUGAUGUGAAACUCCCAAGUGGAGCAGUGUUUGUGAUUGCCAACAGUUGUGUGGAAAUGAAUAAAGCAGCAACUUCUCAUUUCAAUAUCAGGGUGAUGGAGUGUCGGCUGGCUGCAAAGCUGCUGGCUAAGCACAAAUGCUUGCCAUGGGAGGAAGUGUUGCGGCUGGAGGAGGUGCAGGCCAAGCUGGGGGUCAGUCUGGAAGAAAUGUUGUUGAUCACAGAAGAUACCCUUCACUCUGAACCCUAUAGCCCCGAGGAGAUCUGCAGGUGUCUGGGAAUUAGCCUGCAGGAACUCAAGACCCAAAUCCUGAGUCCAAACACUCAAGACGUGCUCACCUUCAAACUCUACCAGCGGGCAAAGCACGUGUAUAGCGAGGCUGCGAGAGUGCUCCAGUUUAAGAAGAUAUGUGAAGAAGCACCUGACAACACGGUCCAGCUGCUGGGGGAGUUAAUGAACCAGAGCCACGUGAGCUGCCGGGACAUGUACGAGUGUAGCUGCCCUGAGCUGGACCAGCUGGUGGACAUCUGUCGGAAAUUUGGGGCUCAAGGAUCACGACUUACGGGAGCAGGAUGGGGAGGCUGCACAGUAUCGAUAGUACCUGCUGACAAGCUGUCCAGCUUCCUAGCAAAUGUGCACGAAGCUUAUUACCAGAGGAGCAAUCGAAGCUUAGUGCCUGAGAAGCAGAGUUUGUUUGCUACCAAACCUGGAGGUGGAGCUUUGGUUUUCCUUGAGGCCUGAACUAUUUAGAGCAUUUAGGAACUGGCAGGACUUCUAUGCCACAGCAAAUUAAUCCUCUUUCUGUUUUGUAUUAUGAUGAAUGGUUGCUAUUAUCAAGAUGUAUUUCGAAAGAAAUGGUUGAAAGCUCCCUAUGCUUCAUAAUGAUUAUUUUUCCAUCUUAAAAUAUGUUUUCUACCAAUAAGAGCCAAAAUUAUGCUUGGCCAGAUCUCUUAAGAUAAUUUACUGGAUGUAUUGAUUUCAAGAUUUUUAAAAACAAAUGGUAAAAGACCAUCAAUACUGACCUCAUGGAUUGUACUUGAAUUAAACAUACAUUCUUAAAUACAGUUUAUUUCUGGUUUCUCUUGGCAUUCUUCUUCCUCAAGGUUGAAGUCUUCUGUUGUUGAUGAUGAUAGUGAUGCCAGAAGUUUUCUCUCAGUUCGGGCUUCAGAACGCUAUUAAAAUAAUACGUUGUUAAGGAUUCACAGAUUUUCCUGGAUACGGUAUACUUGAAAGUGAGAUUCUCCCAGUUAUCAAGAUGAGGAGGAUCACUUAAAUUUUUUUUUUUCCAAAAGAUGGAUUUAGGAAGAAAAUCCCAGGCUCAUUUAAUUUUUUUUUAACCAUGUGAUAU